AUGGCCACCCCAAAGCGCACCGUUCUCAUCACCGGAUGUUCAGACGGAAGUCUAGGCUCCUAUCUCGCCAUCGCCUUCCACAAAUCCGGACUGCACGUCUACGCUACAGCACGAAACCCAUCCAAGAUGGCCGGCCUAGUCGCGCUCGGCAUCGAAACACUUACGCUGGACGUGCUAUCCGACUCCUCCAUCGCCGCCGCUGUGUCCCAGAUACCGAGCCUCGAUAUCCUGGUCAACAAUGCAGGCGCUGUUUUAAACAUGCCUUUCUCGGACCUCUCGAUCCCCGAGGCCAAGAAACUGUUUGAUCUAAACGUGUGGUCGUACCUGGCUGUGACGCAGGCGUUCCUACCUCUACUGCUUGAGUCCAAGGGGAUUAUUGCAAACCAGACGUCGGGGGCUUCGGUCGUUACGAUUCCGUUCCAGUCUACGUACAACGCGUCGAAAGCUGCGAUGGCCAUGUUUUCCGAUAGCCAGCGCUUGGAGCUGGAACCGUUCGGCGUUCGAAUUAUUGAUCUGAAGACCGGGUCUGUCAGGAGCAAUAUUCAGAACUCGAUGACAGAUAGGACGACGCUGCCGAAGGGAUCCAUAUAUGAGCCUGCGCGAGAGGCGGUGGAGAAGACGUUGGGUGGUGAAGAGUUCUUCAGAGAUGCUGGGGAGCCGACGAAGUGGGCCGAAGGCGUAGUAGGGAAUUUGCUGAGGAAGAGUCCGCCGCCCAUUAUUUGGCUACCUGGUAGUAUAAAUAUGUUUCUGAUACGACUUGGUUUACUUUUUCCCUUUGGGACGUUCGAUGGGACGAUUAAGAAGAUGACCGGGCUUGAUAUUGUUGCGCAGAGGGUGGGAAAAUAA